AUGGAACAUAGAUUCAGAUUAUCAGUUUUCUUCAUGUUAUGGGCCUCUAUGGCGUUUAGUGCAGAAUCCAAGUGUAGGAGGGAUUGCGAUUUAGCUCUAGCUUCCUACUAUAUAACAGGAGAUAACUUGACAUAUAUAUCAAUGCUUAUGGAAUCCCAGGUUCUUUCAAAACCUGAAGAUAUUCUCCCCUACAACAAUGAAACCAUAAAAAGCAAAGACCAGGUCCAAGCCUCUACCAGAGUGAACGUUCCAUUCCCUUGUGAUUGCAUUGGAGAGUUUCUUGGCCAUAUAUUCCAAUAUAGCGUUGUAUCAGGCGACACUUACACGUCCAUUGCCAAUCAGAGUUAUUCCAAUUUGACCACUGCUCAGUUGUUGCAGAGCUUCAAUUCAUAUUCACCAACUGAUGUACCUGAUACCGUGACUCUUGAUGUCUUCAUUAACUGUUCCUGUGGGAAUAGUGAAGUUUCCAAGGAUUAUGGAUUGUUCAUCACUUACCCGCUUAGACCUGAGGAUUCUUUGCAGUCAAUUGCCAACAAGACUGGGAUUGAGAGUGACUUGCUUCUUAAGUACAACCCAGGUGUAAAUUUUAGCCAAGGGAGUGGUUUGGUUUAUAUUCCAGGGAAAGGUACAACUUCCUCCAUAGACCAAAAUGGUCGCUAUGUGCCCCUUCAUAUAAGCACUGGAGGUAUUACAAUUGGGAUUAUCGCUGGAAUAUCUGUUGGAGUAGUAACAGCACUUCUUCUAUUGGCAUCUUGUGUGUAUGUUACAUAUUACCGAAGAAAAAAGGUAUGGAAGAAGAAUUUGCUCUCAGAAGAAUUCAGGAUGAACUCGGCUAGAGUUAAGAGUGAUCAAGCCUCUAGUGAUCCUGAUGCAAAAGGUGGUACCAACACCAUUGGCAUUAGGGUGGACAAAUCAGCAGAGUUUUCAUAUGAAGAACUAGCCAAUGCUACAAAUAACUUCAGUUUGGCUAAUAAAAUUGGUCAAGGUGGUUUUGGGCAAGUCUAUUUCGCAGAGCUGAAUGGCGAGAAAUCUGCAAUAAAAAAGAUGGACAUGCAAGCAUCAAGAGAAUUUCUGGCUGAACUGAAUGUGUUGACACGUGUUCAUCACUUGAACCUGGUGCGCUUGAUUGGAUAUUGUAUUAAGGGCUCCCUUUUCCUAGUUUAUGAAUACAUUGAUAAUGGCAACUUAGGACAACAUCUACGUAAAUCAGGUUUCGAUCCUUUGCCAUGGUCUGCCCGAGUUCAAAUUGCUCUGGAUUCAGCCAGAGGUCUUCAGUACAUUCAUGAGCAUACUGUGCCUGUUGCUGACUUUGGAUUAACCAAGUUGAUUGACGUUGGAAGUUCAUCACUUCCGACUGGUAAUAUGAAGGGCACAUUUGGUUACAUGCCACCAGAAUAUGCAUAUGGCAAUGUUUCUCCCAAAAUAGAUGUCUAUGCUUUUGGAGUUGUUCUUUAUGAACUAAUUUCUGCUAAAGAAGCAUUGAUCAGGGGUGGUGUACAUGGUGCUGAAUUAAAGGGCCUUGUAUCAUUGUUUGAUGAAGCUUUUGAAGAGCAAGAUCCCACAGAAGGUCUAAAAAAACUGGUGGAUCCUAGGCUAGGAGAUAACUACCCAAUGGAUUCAGUUUGCAAGAUGGCACAACUUGCCAAAGCAUGCACACAGAGCGAUCCACAACUACGUCCAAAUAUGAGUUCUGUUGUGGUCACUCUCACAGCACUCACUUCAACUACUGAGGAUUGGGAUAUUGCUUCCAUCAUUGAAAAUCCAACUCUAGCAAAUCUGAUGUCUGGGAAAUAA